UGAUAAAAAAGCCUGAAGCACCACUGAUCAACCCUGAACUCGAAACUCCUCCGCCAUUUCAUCUUCUAGUUAACUCUUCUUCUUCUUUUUUUCCAUAUAUAUCUUCAAAUCACAUGGCAGGUAAACGUUUUCUUGAAGAACCGGGUUCGGACUUGGAUCAGCCCAACGAUCAGAAAAGAAUGAGAAGAAGACCUUCUUUUGCCUCGGUAAUUGGAGAAGCAGUUAUGGUGAAUUCCUUAAAGAACUUCUGUUUGGCCUUAGAGCCAAUGCUCAGGAGAGUUGUGAAUGAAGAAGUGGAAACCAAUCUAAGACGUUCAACAUGCUCUUUGACUAGAUCACCUUCGUUGCGAAUCCAAUCCCUUGAACCAUCAAGUCUACAACUAAUGUUCAGCAAAAAUCUCUCGCUCCCUAUAUUUACAGGGAGCAAAAUAGUUGAUCUUGAUAGUUCUCCGCUCCAAAUCCUUCUUGGAGACACAAGGGGUGAUCAAGUCGUUUCGACAUAUCUUCCUCACCCGAUCAAAAUUGAAGUUGUGGUUCUCGACGGAGACUUCCCUACAUAUGAUAACCGUACUUGGACUAGUGAAGAAUUUAACAGCAAUAUUGUGAAGGAGAGAAAAGGCAAGCGACCUUUGCUUGCCGGAGAUUGCUUAUCGGUUACACUAAGGGAUGGGUUUGCACCGAUCGGAGAGAUCGAGUUCACCGAUAAUUCGAGUUGGGUUAGGAGCAGGAAAUUCAGGCUUGGUGCAAGAGUAGUUCCGGAGAGCUAUCAAGGAGUCAGGAUUCGUGAAGCAAUCACUGAAGCUUUUGUUGUCAAAGAUCAUCGUGGAGAAUUGUACAAGAAGCAUCAUCCACCAAUGCUACAAGACGAAGUUUGGCGACUUGAGAAGAUAGGGAAAGAUGGGGCUUUCCACAAGAAGCUAGCCGCCGCGCGCAUUCACAAUGUGCAGGAUUUCUUGAAGUUGUCCGUUGUUGACCCACGGAGACUUAGGGAGAUUUUAGGCAAUGGGAUGUCUGAGAAAAUGUGGGAAGUUACAAUAAAACAUGCUAGGACUUGUGAUCUGGGGAACAAACAUUUUGUUUUUCGACGGCCCAAUUGCACCAUCACCUUCGACCCUAUAUGUCAAAUUGUGCACGCAGUGAUCGACGGGAAUUCAUACUCCUCUAAAGAGCUUCCAUGCAAGACGGGUUAUAUUGAGACUUUGGUAAGACACGCAUAUGUAGAAUGGAACUCUUUAGAGGAGAUUGUUGGGAUUUCAAGUGGCAUACCUCUGCUCACACAAGGCGAGCUGGUGGAUCAAUACCCCAAUCACCAUCAGUCGAUUGUGAAAUCAUUUCAACCACUUGGGUAUUCAAUAUUUGAUCAUGGAGACGUCGAGAUGGGGAACCUACCAAGCAGUGCCCAGCUUGGAUACAACAAUUAGCUAGGAAAUAACUUCAACGUACCUAUCAUGGUGAAGCAGCUCAAGUACCAGGGAUCCGCCAUCGGAUGGUGAAAUAACACCCAAGUCUUCCGUCAAUGGCAGUUAGUGUUGGAUCGAUGGAGCAUCAGCUGAUGUGUAGAAAACACUCAGAAUCUACCCUGAUGCCGCGGUUUGUGAACUAGUCAAUGUUCACCUACAAUUGUGAUUCCCCAGCAAUUACACUAUCCUGCGCUUUCCUUGCAAGUGCAAUUAUGCAAAUAGUUAAGCAAUAAAAGUGAGAGAAGCUACGUAGGAAAUCCCUGAAGCUUGAUAAUUAUAUAUGGUAUGAAGAUAUCAUGUAUCCUAGUCGGUCAAGCAAUAUUAACAUAAUAAUAUUAUCUUUUCGUUCAAA